UCUUGACAUACCGGAAACCUGCAUAAUGAUUUGUGCGCAUGCGGCUCCAAGUUUAUUUUGAUUUUUACUCGCGCCAUGAGAAUGCAGAAGAAUCACAGUUUUGCAGGAUGUCUAGAGCGUUUGCACUAGAUCUACACUUAGUCGUGUGUGGACAACGUGGCUGUAUCUUUAACAAAGAGAAUCCUCCGUUCUAUUAAUGGUCAUCGCUGAUGCUGAGACUAUUAUCAACAUUGUGUCUAACACUCUAAAGCUGGUACAACUUCAAAAAAGACGGGACGUCGGCAUUCUUUCUUUCGAAUGGCUACAUUCCCACGAACGUGCAUAGAUUUAAUGGAGGUUGUGAAAAUGUGAAGAACUUGAGAGUUGAAUUUCUAGCAGUCAAAACAAUUGAUUGAUCCGGCAUUCUCCGUUAUUCAUCAUGACUCAGGCUCCAACAUCUAAUGACGCUUGUCUGAGUAUCGUUCACAGCUUGAUGUGUCACAGACAGGGUGGGGAAAGUGAAAGCUUCGCAAAGCGUGCCAUCGAAAGUCUGGUCAAGAAACUGAAAGAAAAACGUGACGAGUUGGACAGCCUGAUCACUGCCAUUACGACCAACGGCGCCCACACCACCAAAUGCGUCACGAUACAGCGCACACUGGAUGGACGGCUACAGACACUCGCCUCGAGAAACCAUGUUUAUGGAGAUGAAGCUGCACGGUACGUUUGGCAACAGGUCGCUGGUCGGAAGGGAUUUCCUCAUGUGAUUUAUGCUCGCAUUUGGCGAUGGCCAGAUCUUCACAAAAACGAACUGAAGCACUGCAAGUUCUGUCACUACGCUUUCGAUUUAAAGCAGGACAGUGUUUGUGUCAAUCCAUAUCACUAUGAGAGAGUGGUCUCCCCUGGAAUUGAUCUGUCUGGGCUGAAUAUUCAACAUGCAGCCCCGCCCUCUCGCCUCGUAAAGGACGAGUACGGGAACGAGAUCGGGAUGAACAUGUCAAAUUCUGAAGAGGUUUCACAAACGGUUCAACAUCCGCCACAAAAUGAAUUUGCCCGGAUCCUAACGACAGGAGGAAUGGGUCAAGGGUCAAGUGGCCCUCAAUCAACUGUACCUCAGCACCCGCUCACAGCAGGACCGCCUAUUUCAAGCCCCUUGGGGCGGGGCCCGAGUGCCCCCAACACCCCCCUACAUAAUCCAAUGUCCCCCCAGGCAAACCCAAUCUCACCACAGGCACAUCCAGCUGCGGCCAGCACUAUGCCCCAUGGCAUGCCCUCUCCGAUGGGUGACGGAUUUGGGGGACAAGUAGCUCCUCAUGUGUCGCAGUCCCCAGCACUGUCCAGCAUCAGUGCAUUCCCUCCUCACAGCUCCAUGGCUGCUACAGCAACCUGGGUGGGAAGCAACACAGCAACGUACAGAUCUACCUCGUCCCAGGACUCACAGUUUUGGAAUAACAACCACAUGCAGUCCUCUGAAGUGCAGUCAUUACCUCCCCUUACAAACCAGAAUCCCCCCGAGUUCUGGUGCACCAUUACGUAUUUUGAGCUGGACCAACAGGUCGGUGAGACCUUUAAAGUUCCCUACAGCUAUGCGAGGGUCACGGUGGACGGUUACACAGAUCCUUCCAGUCUGGACCGCUUCUGUCUGGGUCAGCUGUCUAAUGUCCAUCGCACCGAGGCCAGUGACAAAGCCAGGUUACACAUUGGCAAAGGAGUCCAGCUGGACUACAACGGAGAAGGCGAUGUUUGGAUCCGCUGCGUCAGUGAUCACAGUGUGUUUGUCCAGUCGUACUACUUAGACCGCGAGGCGGGUCGACAACCGGGGGAUGCAGUCCAUAAGAUCUACCCCAGUGCUUAUAUCAAGGUGUUUGACAUUCGUCAAUGUCACAGGCAGAUGCAGGAGCAGGCCGCCACCGCCCAAGCGGCAGCCGCAGCACAAGCUGCCGCCGUAGCAGGAAAUGUUCCAGGUCCGGCGUCCGUCGGUGGGAUUGCACCGGCUGUAGGCCUGAGUGCUGCGGCCGGCAUCGGUGUGGAUGACCUGAGAAGACUCUGUAUUUUACGUCUGAGCUUUGUGAAGGGCUGGGGACCAGACUACCCCCGACACAGCAUCAAGGAGACGCCCUGUUGGAUUGAGGUACAACUUCACCGACCACUUCAGCUUCUUGAUGAGGUCCUACAGACGAUGCCGAUCAAUGAACCACGACCCAGGGGCUUCUUCCUCGGUUGAUCUCUUUAAUCUUUGUUAUGAAGUUUUGACCCAGGGAGGACAUGACAGCUUGUAUCUGUGGAUCCUCCUUGUUUUUGGUGUACUUUACGAUCAGCUGUGUUGUACAACGUGCUAUCUGGUGUCCCCCUUGUUGUUGUUUGUGAUAUUUUAUUAGUAAGUACUGGGAUAUAUACUGUAUAUGUACUAUACUUACCAAAUCAGGAAAGCAAGUACUUGUGUUUCAAAUGUCCGUGCAGCAGUGGAAGUGACACACAGAUAGCGGGGUUAAUUCAGUACUUAGCCUGCAAAGUCCUUGGAGAAUGUUUACUUUCAGUUCCAGCUGAGGUUUGCAAAGUGACUGCUGUUUUGGGGUCAGAAAGUGUUUCAUUUAUGAUUCUUAUACGAAAUAUGAAAAUGUGUAUUAUUAGGAGAGAACUAUUCUGAGAGUGAGUUUGCACUUGUUUGAUGCUUGAUGUAAGUAUCAACAACAAAUGCAUUUAUAUGGUAAAUGUUUUAUCUUUCCACAAAGCUCAAUCGUUUUUCCAGUAUUACAAAUUUGCCACCUCGGGAAAUAAGAAAUACCUCUAGAGACCAGAAAUAAGGGAAUGUAGGUCAUUCUUCUUCCAAGGUCAAGGUUACCUACAUGUAGAUAUACCUUUUUCAAUGAAGUAAAGAUAUUUUUAAAGAUAAUAGAAAACAUGGAGAGCUUUCUUCAAAAUUAGUGCAAGCUAUUCCGGUUCACACUUGUAGAUAAUAAAGUCAGUCCAGAUUUCUGUGUAACUAUUUAAGCCAGUCCAGAUUUCUUUUUAGAUAUUUAAGCCAGUCCAGAUUUCUUUAUAGAUAAUUAAGCCAGUCCAGGUUUCUUUUUAGAUAAUUAAGCCAGUCCAGGUUUCUUUUUAGAUAAUUUAGCCAGUCCAGAUUUCUUUUUAGAUAUUUAAGCCAGUCCAGAUUUCUUUAUAGAUAAUUAAGCCAGUCCAGGUUUCUUUUUAGAUUGUUCAGUAAGUUGAGUUUCUUCAUAGUUAAUAAAGCUAGUCAAGUUUCUUCAUAGUCACUGUAUACAGGCUUAUUUCCUCCCCGUGUUAUUUUUGUCUUUCUGCACCUGUUAAUGGUUUUGCUCCAUUUUAAAUUUGCCCAGACACAGCUGUGUUUAAGAGAGAUAUGGGGGGGGGGGGGGGCAACAUGGGCAAAAGGCAUGAAAAUAAAACAGGGAGAGGGGGGUGUUAUUUCCUGUAUACAGUAAGCCAGGUUAGAUAUUUCUCAGGGUGUAUCCACAUACUGCCAAAAUUUAUGAAAUCUGUAACAAAUGUUUCUUUUGAUAAGAACUAUGUUUUUCACAGUGUGUUUUGAUGACGACGGGGAAAGUUUGUUCAAUAUUCAUUGUAGUGUUACUGACAUUUCAUGAUUUGCAAAUCUCAAAGUGGUGAUUCAUUUGCAAAAAAGAAAAGAAAAGUUAGAUCAAGAUACAGAGGAAUAUACAGGGAAAUUGAAUUAAUUUAUCAGGGUGAAGGGGGGGGGGGGGAUGUUUAUAGCAAACAUCAGAAAUUCCCAUAAGCAGGGGAUUGACAGUGGGGGAUGACUGUGUAGUGAUAUGUAUUCAGAGGUCCUAAAAUGGAAAUAGGGUCAGUCCUCUAAAAGACCAGUACCUGUGUUGGAUAGAGAGGUUUUUGAUAAGAGUUUUAUACACAUCGUAAUAAUGUGUAAUAGAGGUCGGGAAUAUGGAGAAGAUAUGGUUUGGUGACAUAGUGUAUGUUUACUCAGUUUAGCAGGAUUCAAAUUUUAGCGGCUUUGGAGGUGAAGCAGGAGCACUGAUUUAUAGUUGUGCUAAAAAUAUAUUCUUUAUUUAUCCGUUAUCGUUCACAGAAGAAGUGCUGAAUCAUGGUUGCAUUAGACAAAGCAUCAGCUCUGCUGCACCAAGUUCUAAAUUAGAGAAAAGAAGUAUACAUGUUUGCCCAACUGUCUAUUUUGUAUUGCUUGUAGGAGUUAUGAGAUUGAUCACUGUUCGUUAUCUUCACCUUGCAUACAUACAGUUGGGUUUUUUUUUUGUUCUAUUUGAACAUGCUGUGGAUGAUUAGUUUGUUUGAUUUUGGAGCCUCAUUUGUCCGAGUAGUUUCUGGAGCCUCAUUUUGUCUGAGCAGGUUCUGGAGCCUCGUUUUGUCUGAGCAGGUUCUGGAGCCUCGUUUUGUCUGAGCAGGUUCUGGAGCCUCAUUUUGUCUGAGCUGGUUCUAGAGCCUCAUUUUGUCUGAGCUGGUUCUGGAGCCUCAUUUUGUCUGAGCAAGGUUCUAGAUCCUCAUGUCUGAGUAAUAGAGGUGUUUUCUUUAUGGAGAGCAAUAGUUAUGGAAGACAAGAUAUUAGAAACACAAUUUCUCCAGUCCUUAUGGUUGUAAAGAUUGUUUUUAGAUUUGUUUGUAUUUGAGCUGCCACUCUGUGUAGACAAUAUAUCAUAAAGAUGUAUAUUUAUAGAGGUACAUGUAUAUAGUUAUUUUCCAUUGUACCAAAUUUUUUUUUUCAGAUUUGGAUGAAAUUUAAUUGGUUGUAUUUUUACCUACUGGUUUGUUUUAUUAAUGCUCAAUUGUAUGCCAAAGUUUGUCAGCAGUAGUGUUGCCAGUGUUUGUGGGAUUUUGACUUUGAAUGGAAUAGAGAUUCAAGUUUUAGAAGCUAGAAUUACAGGUAUUCUUCGAGUGACAGAAAUGUCUGGAUUUGUUGAAACCUUGAAAGUUUUCAGUUGUUGUUUUGAAUUGAUCCUAGGUCACAGAGCUAAACAGGAUUGCACGAAUAUUGAUAAUUGACGAGAAAAAGUUCCUUCUACUGUAAAUCAACUUGUAUUCGCGAGCGAGAAUUUUUCAUGAAGGUCGGAAGAACCACUUCAUCGUGAAUAUUUCUCUCCGCAGACCAGACCAUUAAUGUUCCAUGUACAGUGUUUUUAUCUUGGUCAUGAAAAUUAGUGGCUGCGAAUUGGUCCAUCACAAAUAAAUCGCAAAAUAAAGUUGUUUCGAAUAAAAGUUGGUAUACAGUAUUUUGGUUUGUCAUCCGAGUUCAAAUAUCUUGCCACGUCCCAGCAUUAUUGAUAGAUAGAUAGAUAUUGUGAACAGGUGUGUUUACAAAUAUGUUGCAUGUACUAAUAUACAUCUAUUGUAGCUGUGGUUCUCUUUGUACUUCUAUUUGUCUCAUGUAUGGGGGGUGGGGGGCUCUGCACAGAUGCCUUCAACACUCUUAAGUGGCUGGGAGAAAUUUUAUCCUUUCUGAACAUCCUGAUAAAUAAAAGUGUUGCGAAGUGUUAUUGUAUCUGAUGCUGUUAUUUUUUUUCCCCUGUAUUUAUGCUCCCCAAUACAAAUUGCUUUCUAGAAAUUGAUACAGAACUAGUUAACGACACACCUCUAUGUAUAGAAAUGCAAUCUGAUUGUGAUUUGUAUACAGUAGAUUUCUUUGUCCCUUUUUUUUCUUAUUAUCAUAUUAAAGCAAUCAACUUCCGGUGAAUCACAGCUUCUUCCAAGUCUUUUAAUACACCUUAUGUACCUUUCGCUACAAAAGAGUUACGUUCAUGCAGUUUCAUUUUCUCCUACUCGUUUCACACAUUGUAUUACUGCGGAUUUGUUAGAUUUUGAGUUGUGCAUAUGUAGUAAAAAACAUUUAUGAUAUCAUGUGUAAAAUACGUCCAUCCAGUGAUUCAAUUUGAAAGUGAAAUGCUUAAAUAUUGAGAGUUUUGAAGGAAAAUAUUUGAUUAUCAUCUUGUAGCUUUAUGAUAAAUAUACCUAACAUUUGGAAACAUGUCUGUCGAUUGUUACAAAAUUAAUUGUUCUGUUGUAGUUCUUUCAUGCAUUGUAUUUACAGAUUUCGAUUUGUUAAAUGUUUUGUUCAAUAUUAUAUGUGCGUAUAUUCAAUAUACCUCUGUUACAAACACUAAUUUUUAGAUGUACAGUUGUAUUUUUAAUCUUUACCUAGGACUUUUAGUGCAAUAUUGGAAUAAGAUUAAGAGAGCCAUUUGUAAACACACAAAAAUUGUAAAGCAUUUUCUUUAAAAAAAAAAAAAAUCAGAAAAAUUAUUUCAUCACAUUUUUUUCAAUAAAACUACAUGUAAUUA